GCAGGAAUAAGAGGCAAUGUACCACAUUAGCACUUCUGCUGCUCUAAGUCAAAGACUGUGGGUGUCUGUGUGUGUGUGCGUGUGCCUCUGUAUGAGUUCUCAUAAGCCAGCUCAGCUCUGAGGGACAUUGUGAUUAAGCGGUUGAACUGAUCUCAUUGACAUUUUAGAUUAGCACUCUCUCCAGGGCUCCCCUGCCUUGUCUCUCUGCAAGGGUCUCUGUCACUGAUACAGGAUUAAGAUAGCACUUUACGGAAGUGAGGAUGAUGAUGGUGAGCGAUGACUGUCUGGUGGAGUGUAAGAUUGAUGAUGACAGUGAUGAGGACGAUGGAGUAGAAGAACAGAUAAACACACCUCCACCUCCUCCAGAGUUUGCAUCCAAAGCCUCAACUCCAGCACCCAAAUCUCCCACUCUAGUACCCAAACCUCCGACUCCUCCCACAGCCCCUGCUACACCAACACCCACCCAUCCUGUCAACAGGGACCCUUAUGGCAUCAACCAGCACCUAAAGGUGGAGGUCAGUGAUGUACUUGCGGAGCCUGACAGACCUCGUAGCAUAGACCAAGUGUGGCUUUGCAGUGUCGUUGGCUUCGAGAAGGCUCGUAUCUGGACGUAUCAGUGCCUCUCCUUGCUGUUAGCUGUGCCCUUCGCUUUCCUUUGUGGUAUUUUCCUGGCCAUUCUCGCCUGUCUACACGUCUGGUUUUUUGUGCCUUGCAUACAGCUGAGCAACACCUUCCUUCCAUGCCUACGGUCUUUAUGUAUGUGCACUGUGAAUGUUAUUAUCGCUCCCUUCUGUACGUCUCUCGCUCUCUGUUGCAGUCAAAUUGCCAUUUCACUGUCGAACAAGGACUGGCAUCAAAUGAGAGACAAAGAUACUGUAUGAAUGUGAUACAUGACAAGUGACUGAGUGACUGAAUGAUUGAGUGAGCAAGUGAGUGUCAGAGAAUUUUAUUUAAAUUUGUCUUUUUUAGUUUUUUAAUUGGCGUAGUUCUGCAACCUGGUAAUGUGAUUGCUAUUUGAUAUGUUUUGUAUGUAAAGCCAAUUCAUACAAGUUACUAUUAUUAUUAUAACUAUUAUUAUUAUUAUCAUUAGUAGUAGUAGUAGCAGUAGUCGUAGUACUAGUGGACAUAGUAUCAUUAUCAUUAUUAUAAUUAUUAAAAAAUUUAUUCUGAUUAAAUUGUAACUGUGUCGAGCUAUC